AGAAAAUAUAUAUCUGGACCAAGAAAAUCUCAGACACCCAUAAUUUUUUAAUUAACAACAGAAAAUGAAUAUAUAGGAUUGGUAGACGAACUUUGGGUAGAUUUGUACCUGGGUUGAUUUGAUGUCCUCUGUUCUGAAAUUGAAAACCGCGAGCAUUGGUUCCCGCCUGUUUUGGUUUAGCUCCCUACAAUCACAAACGCAAACACAAAUCAGCAAAAACAUAUGGCACAAGUUGAAGUCACCCACUCACCAAACCCUUCACCAUCUUUUAGACCAAUGUUCCUCCAUCAGACAACUCAAAAUUCUCCAUUCCCAGAUCAUCCUCCAUGGACUUGCUGCCCAAGUUCUCACACUAGGCAAGCUAGUCUCUCUCUGCGUCCAAAUGGGAGAUCUCCCUUACGCACACCUCCUGUUUGAUCAAAUUCCCCAACCCAAUAAAUUCAUGUACAAUCAUUUAAUAAGGGGCUAUUCGAAUAUUGAUGACCCAAUGAAGUCUUUGUUGCUCUUCCAUCAAAUGAUGAGUGCCGGCCUUAUGCCAAACCAAUUCACCUUCCCCUUUGUUCUCAAAGCUUGUGCUAACAAACCCUUCUAUUGGGAAGCUGUUGUUAUUCAUGCUCAGGCUAUUAAGCUCGGAAUGGGGCCUCAUGCAUGUGUGCAAAAUGCAAUUUUGACUGUCUAUGUUUCUUGUCGUCUGAUACCAAGUGCACGGCAAGUGUUUGAUGAUAUUCCUGACAAGACACUUGUCUCCUGGAAUUCCAUGAUUGCCGGGUAUUCUAAAAUGGGCACUUGCAACGAAGCCGUUUUUUUGUUUCAAGAAAUGCAGCACCUAGGUGUGGAGCCUGAUGUGUUCACCUUGGUUAGCUUGCUUUCUGUUUCCUCAAAGCAUGGUAAUUUGGAUUUGGGAAGAUUUGUGCAUCUUUAUAUUGUUAUUUCUGGAAUUGAAAUAGAUUCGAUUGUGAUCAAUGCGCUCAUAGAUAUGUAUGCCAAGUGCGGGCAUUUGCAAUGUGCUAAACGUAUUUUUGAUAGAAUGCUUGAUAAAAAUGUUGUUUCUUGGACUUGCAUGGUUAAUGCUUAUGCUAAUCAUGGGCUUGUUGAUGAUGCUGUGCAAAUUUUUAAUCAGAUGCCGGUGAAGAAUGUGGUUUCUUGGAAUUCAAUAAUUUGGUGCCAUGUUCAAGAGGGAUUGUACACAGAAGCUGUGGAACUUUUCUACAGGAUGUGUAUUUCAGGUGUGACACCUGACGAUGGUACUAUUGUUAGCAUCCUUUCAUGCUGCAGUCACUUGGGUGAUCUAGCAUUGGGAAAACAAGCCCAUAGUUACAUUUGUGACAACAAUAUUACAGUGAGUGUGACGCUUUGUAACUCCCUAAUAGGCAUGUAUGCAAAAUGUGGUGCUCUUCAGACUGCGAUGGACAUCUUCUUGGGGAUGCCUGAGAAGAAUGUGGUGUCGUGGAACGUUAUUAUUGGAGCACUUGCUCUGCAUGGUUUUGGAGGAGAGGCAAUUGAGAUGUUCAAGAGGAUGCAAGCUAGUGGGCUGUGUCCUGAUGAGAUUACCUUCACAGGGUUACUUUCUGCUUGUAGUCACAGUGGACUUGUGGACAUGGGGCGAUAUUACUUUGACAUAAUGAGUUCUACUUUUGGGAUUUCUCCUAAUGUGGAACAUUAUGCAUGCAUGGUGGAUCUUUUAGGUCGUGGAGGGUUCCUAGGAGAAGCAAUAACCGUAAUACAAAAUAUGCCUGUCAAACCUGAUGUUGUUGUUUGGGGUGCUUUGCUUAGUGCUUGUAGGACCUACGGGAAUAUAGAGAUUGCUAAGCAAAUCAUGAAGCAGCUGCUGGAGUUGGGACGUUAUGACUCUGGCCUUUAUGUGCUUCUCUCAAACAUGUAUUCAGAAUCUCAAAGAUGGGAUGACAUGAAAAAGAUCAGGAAAAUAAUGGAUGACAGGGGUAUACAAAAGUGUAGGGCGAUUAGCUUCAUUGAAAUCGAUGGCUGUUGCUAUCAAUUCAUGGUGGAUGACAAAAGGCAUGGUGCUUCGACCAGUAUAUACUCCAUGCUGGAUCAAUUAAUGGAUCAUCUAAAGUCUGUAGGAUAUUCAUGUAAAUCUUCUGAUGGCCAGGAAAUAUAUUACUCUAGCAAUCUUUAGUUCAGCAUCAUCAAGUUUAAUGGAUGGAAUGGUAACUACAUAAAAUGAAGUAAUCAUUUCAUUUCAAGUACUAAGUUUUUCGAGCCUUCUGUUUCUUUCUGUCUGAUAUCAAAAUUAAUUUAAAUGACAAAUGUCGUCUUCUAUUGGGAAAAAAAAACUUAUAUAAACCAUUAAGGUAUUAUGUCUUAGUAUCUUUUAAAAUUUGGUGAAAUGAAUUUAAAAUUGUUAAAUAGAGACGUUUACUUCUCUUUACUUAUAUUUUACUGCGAUAAUAUGGAAAUAAGAGUUGUUUAUAUGUACGAGCUUAGAUUCAUUAUUCGACGUGGUUGAAAUGUUGAUAUACAUUGUAUUUGUAAUUAAAGCCCGGAUGUG